UGACGUAUGCUCCGAAAUAACUGGACCUACUAGAGCGAACCUAUUAUUCAACGAGGCCAGAAAUAUAUACACUUCUGCAUAUAUACAUCGACCUAACAAAAGCACAAGGAGCACAGGCUGCUUCAGUGGCAAUGCUAAUGGCUACUUCAGUGCCUCGUGUCUGCCCAGUAUUGUUUUCUUUGAUUCUGCUAUGCUCUGCAGCUUACGCAACCCAUACUGUCUUUUCACAGGUUGAGAACAAUUACCCGAUUGUAGUUAGCACAUGGCCCUUCAAGGAAGCAGUUAGGGCAGCCUGGAAUGCGGUGCAGAAUGGGCUAUCUUCUGUAGAUGCAGUCGUAGAGGGCUGCUCAGCUUGUGAAGAUCUUGGUUGCGAUGGCACGGUUGGUCCUGGUGGUAGCCCAGAUGAAAAUGGAGAAACUACCCUUGAUGCCAUGGUCAUGAAUGGGGUGACAAUGGAGGUUGGGGCUGUAGCUAGCAUGCAGUUUGUCAAAGGGGCAAUUAGGGCAGCAAAACUAGUUAGUGAAUACACCCAGCAUACUCUGCUUGUUGGCAAUCGAGCUUCCACUUUUGCUCUCUCCAUGGGGCUUCCAGGACCAACAAAUUUGAGUUCACCAGAAUCAUUGGAAAAGUGGGCAAAAUGGAAGCAAAAUAACUGUGAACCAAAUUUUCGGAAGAAUGUAAUUCCUGUCAAUGGAUGUGGACCUUACCGGCCCGUAAUAGGAGUAUCUGAUCUGCAGAAAAAUUAUUAUGCAUGUGAUAACAAAGAAACCAUUGAUAGAGGCAGCAUCUUGGCCAAUGCCAAUACGGGUUCAGAGCACAUUAGCCGUCAUAACCAUGAUACUAUUUCUAUGGCAGUAAUUGAUAAAUUGGGCCACAUUGCUGUUGGAACUUCUACAAACGGGGCCACUUUCAAGAUCCCUGGAAGGGUUGGUGAUGGGCCAAUUGCGGGAUCAUCUGCAUAUGCUGACCAAGAAGCAGGUGCUUGUGGUGCAACAGGAGAUGGUGAUGUGAUGAUGCGGUUUCUACCAUGCUAUCAAGUUGUGGAGAGCAUGAGGCAAGGCAUGACACCAAAGGAUGCUGCAGUUGAUGCCAUUUCAAGAAUCAAAAGGAAAUAUCCUGAUUUCGUUGGAGCAUUGUUUGCUUUGAAUGUUCAAGGGGUGCAUUCUGGUGCUUGUCAUGGGUGGACUUUCCAGUAUUCUGUCAGAAGCGAAGGCAUGGAAGAUGUUGAAGUUUAUACCGUUCACCCUGAGGAUAACUGAAGCAGAAUUUCUCAGGUUCCAGCUACAUGCUAACCAAAAUAAAUGGUUUGAAGUCAUAUGUAACUAUAGACUUCAAUUACUGUUUACUCACAAAAUUUCUUCUGCUACGUUAACAGUAGUUAAUAUCAAUUGGAGGGGGGUGAAAUAACAGAUUUGCCCUAGCAGCCAGUUAUGCAAACAUCUUUCAGCAACUUCCCUCAUGAAGUUUUAUUUAAAAGAUAUUGACUGUAUUUGUUAUUCUUAUUGCUUAUUAAUCUUUCAUAAUAUUUGCUA